AUGUCCAUGAAUCGAGCUCAGUUUAAAUUCAAUUUAGAUUCGAAGAGUAUACUUGGAGAACAAUGGCACUCCAUGUAUUCCACUCGAGAAACUGUAAAAUUUGAUAAGGCCCAUUUUGAAACUGCUAUGAUGAAUGUUAUAAGGGAACCUAAUAUCAAUUCAUCUGCAAUUCUAAGAGCAGAUAUUUUACAAGAAGUGUUAUGUGAUUCUAACGGUAAUAAACGUACUCUUAAGAAAUGUCAAGACAAAGAAUUGGAAAUUUCAGAUCCAGAGGCUAAAAAAUUAGGAGUUGACGACUUCGACGUUAGAUUUCCGCCAAUUAAUCCAGAACUAGACCUCUACUGCUCCACAGAAAUCGUUAGAAGAAUUAUACCGAGAAACCCCUACAAAGAUGCUAUAAUGAAUCAAACCUGUCUAAUAUUAAACGGUUUAAAGGAUGAAUCCACUUCUUUGGUCAUCUAUAUCCCACAUACUCAAGAAGGAGAUGAAUGCCCAUUUUACAUCCCGCAUGUGAAAGCCGUGGCUAUCUUUUUACAUGAUAAAACGCUUUCAGUGCAUUACAUUUCGUUUAAAAAUAAUACUGAACAACUUCGAAAUGAAUCAGAAAGGGUGGUGAGGACAGCAUGGAGGCUGCUAGAAACUGCACACAAACAUUCUAUGGGGGUUAUGCAAGGUUACCAGAAAAGAGUUAGACACGAUUUGGUGGUUAAUAAAGUGGAUUUCCAAGAUAGAUACAUUGCAUUGAAGAAAAAAUACUCUACGCACUUGGUGGAUAAUUGGCAAGAAUCGACAGAUCCAAGGAAGCACGUUUUUGAAGAUAUUGCAAUUGCAGCGUUUUUAAUUGCACUAUGGACCAAGAUGCACGGCCCCAAUUUUAGAGAGAAGAUGCAGUUUAGGGAUUUGGGGUGUGGUAAUGGUAUACUGUGCUACAUUUUAUUGAGUGAAGGGAUUAAAGGUCUAGGUAUUGACGCACGUCAUAGAAAAUCUUGGUCUAGUUUCCCUCCAGAGAUUCAAGCGUGUCUUAAGGAACAAAUAAUUAUUCCAUCAAUUCUAGUGCGACCUCAUCCAGAAGUUAAAAAAAGACUACCUCAUUUAGAACAUAACGGUGGAAUUUUCCCCGUUAAAGUUGCUCAUGAAGUCAUUGCACCGGCAACUGUAGUCUACACCAGUGAGGAUCUUUUAAGUUCCCCUAAAGUUAACGUUACUGAAUUUCCUGAGAACACAUUUAUCAUUGGUAACCAUUCAGAUGAAUUAACGUGUUGGAUACCACUGUUAGGGUUCCCCUUCAUGGUUAUACCAUGCUGUUCUCAUAAUUUCUCUGGUCAAAGAGUUCGUUUUAAUGUAAGGAAAUCGGUUAAAUCUUCAAACAGUACAGUGGGCAAUAGUACUUAUGCUGGAUUAGUAGAUCAUGUCACUUGCAUUGCUAACCGUGUUGGUUGGAAAGUGGACCAGGAAAUGUUAAGAAUCCCUAGUACAAGAAAUGCUGCAGUCAUUGGUUGUGAGAACGACCAAUUAAAGAAUUUCCCAACACAAGAAGUUUACGAUGUAAUAAUGGAAGAUGGUGGUCCUAAUGGGUGGAUUCAAAAUUCUAUGGCACUCAUGAAGAGAAAUCCAAGAAACCAUUGA